AUGUACAACAACGACCCAACAUUACAGUCGCAACAACAAUACUACCAACAACAGCAACCGCAACAAUACUACAACACACCUCAAUGGGAAUCACAGCAACCCGUGUACACACAACAGUACCAAAACACUGGUGCUGAACGGCCGUAUAUACGUUCAUCUAGGAUUGAAGCUGUACCUCACACAAAAUUAUUCGUGGGAAACCUCGCAUGGGCAACCGACGAAACAUCACUACAGAACGCUUUUGGUGCCUAUGGCAUAAUCACAGAAUCCGUAAUCCUCAGAGACAGGGAAUCAGGCCGCUCACGCGGAUUUGGAUUCGUCACAUAUAGCACCCCAGAAGAAGCUCAAACCGCAAUAGGAAACAUGAAUGGCCGUGAACUUGAUGGCAGGAAUUUACGAGUUAAUUUGGCGAGUGAGAGAGCUAAAGUUGAUGGUGUUGCCGGUGCUGGUAGUAUAAAUCAGCAGAUACAAGGAGGAGGAGCAUCAAAUGGAUACUCGAAUGGCGGUGGUGGGAAUGGAUAUAGUGGAAGGAUGCAGCACGGGGUUCAGCAGCAGCAGUACAAUACAGGAUAUAUGUACCAACAACAACCAUCAUCAAUCUACUACCCGCAACACCUGCCUCCCCACCUGCAAUACCAACCCCAGCAGCAGCAAUACCAGCCGAUAAUACCGCAACCUCAAAUUCCACAACAACAUAUGAUGAUCCCAAACCAGGUAAACGAUGAUAAUGUGGAGCUAACGUUGUCAGCACCGACGCCUGCAGGGAGCAGUAGUGGGAUUGUUGGUGUGGGUGGGAUGGCUAGUGCAGAGACUUAUGAUGAUGAGGUGUGA